GCUGUGAGCUGUGCUGCCGCCGCCGCUGCCCUUUGAUCCCGACAUUAGUGUUAGGGGCUCGGAGACACAGAGCGCGGCCAUAGACACCGCCGCACCGGCACUCAUUUAUUUAUACCUCCCAUCACACACGCGAGCACAGGACACACACACACUCACACCUAUUAGAUCCGUUUCCAUUGAAGAAUAUUACGCUCGGGGACAAGCCAGGUGCACGACCAAAAAAAAAAAAAAAAAAAAAAAAAAAGGGAAAAAAAAAAAAAAAAGAAAAGAAAGAAAAGAAGAAACCCCUCUUCUGGCUCCAGGAAACAAGCUUCAACCCAUUGCACACACCGGAGAGAAGGGGUUUCCCCCUGCCCGCCCGCCCGCCCCCCAACUACCUCCCCGCUCCUGCCAGUGUCUGCCUCUCUGCCCCCACGGGGGUUUAUUUGAUCUCACAUUAACCAAGGAGGAGAAUGUGAGAAAAGGGGGAAAAUGCCCAGGAGGAAGCAGGAGCAGCCCAAGCGCCUUCCCUCACAUGUUAGUAGGCAGGAAGAGGCGGAGGGAGAACUCAGUGAAGGAGAGCACUGGUAUGGAAACUCUUCCGAGACUCCGUCAGAAGCAUCCUAUGGAGAAGUCCAGGAGAACUAUAAGCUGUCUCUGGAGGACCGGAUCCAGGAGCAGUCCACUUCCCCCGACACCUCCUUGGGAAGUGCCACUCCCAGCAGCCACACGCUGGAGCUGGUGGCUCUCGAUGGUGAGGUCCUGCGAGACUCACUACAGUGCCAAGACCACCUCUCCCCCGGAGUGUCUUCUUUGUGUGAAGAUGACCCCCCAGGUUCCAAUAAACCCCUGAGCAGCAACUUAAGGAGGCUGCUGGAGGCUGGUUCCCUCAAACUCGAAGCCACAGCCACGGCCAAUGGCCGAGUGGAGUCCCCUGUGAACAUUGGCUCGAACCUCUCCUUUUCCCCACCGUCCCAUCAUGCCCAGCAGCUCAGCGUUCUGGCCAGGAAGUUGGCUGAGAAGCAGGAGCAGAAUGACCAAUACACUCCAAGUAACCGUUUUAUAUGGAAUCAAGGUAAGUGGUUGCCAAACUCAACCACCACCUGCGGCUUGUCCCCGGAUUCAGCCAUCCUCAAGCUGAAAGCCGCAGCCAAUGCUGUUCUGCAGGACAAAUCUCUCACCAGGACGGAGGAGACCAUGCGAUUUGAGUCCUUUUCCUCCCCCUUUAGCUCCCAGUCUGCCAGUUCGACCUUGGCAGCUUUGUCCAAGAAGGUCAGUGAGAGAAGUUUGACUCCUGGUCAGGAGCACCCACCUCCGGCCAGCUCUUUCCUGUCCCUGGCUUCUAUGACCUCCUCAGCGGCCCUUCUGAAAGAGGUAGCAGCAAGGGCUGCGGGCAGCCUCCUGGCUGAGAAGUCAUCCCUGUUGCCCGAGGACCCUCUACCGCCACCGCCUUCUGAGAAGAAGCCAGAAAAAGUAACCCCGCCACCUCCACCGCCACCUCCACCACCCCCGCCGCCAGCGCCACAGUCCUUGGAAUUAUUGUUACUCCCCGUUCCCAAGGGAAGAGUUUCCAAACCCUCCAGUUCAGCCUCAGAAGAGGAAAGCGGGAAGCCUUUCCAGUGUCCGAUUUGUGGUUUGGUUAUAAAAAGGAAGAGUUACUGGAAGCGGCACAUGGUGAUCCACACAGGUUUAAAAAGUCAUCAGUGUCCGCUCUGCCCAUUCCGGUGUGCUCGCAAGGACAAUCUCAAAUCCCACAUGAAGGUUCACCAACACCAGGACCGGGGAGAGACCUUUCAGUGCCAGCUAUGCCCUUUCACUUCCUCUCGCCACUUCAGCCUGAAACUCCACAUGCGCUGCCACCAGCACUUCCUGAGGACAGAAGCCAAGGUGAAGGAGGAGACCUCAGACCCAGAUGUCAAGGGAUCUCCCCACCUCAGUGACAGUGGCUGCCUGGGGCAGCAAAGGGAAGGAGGAGGGACAGAGCUAGUGGGGACCGUGAUGACGUCUAACACUCCAGAGAGGACUAGCCAGGGUGGGGCUGGCAUCUCGCCUUUGCUGGUGAAGGAGGAACCCAAGGAAGAUAACGGCCUGCCCGCCUCCUUUACCCUGAGUGCCGCCGACAGGCCCGCCAACCACACAAAGCUGAAAGACCCCUCCGAGUAUGUGGCCAACAGUGCGGCAGCAUUGUUCAGCCAGGACAUCUCUGUUAAGAUGGCGUCUGAUUUUCUCAUGAAGCUGUCAGCUGCAAAUCAGAAGGAACCCAUGAAUCUUAACUUUAAAGUGAAAGAGGAGCCCAAGGAAGAGGAAGCCCUAAGCACGGCCUUGCCUCGGCCCAGCUAUGUGUUCAACCCAGAACCUGAAGUGGCAGCCCAAAGCAUCUCCGAGGACACACUAAAGCCCCAGGAAGGGAAGGGGAAUGUGUUGAGGCGGGAUAUGUCAGUCAAAGCUGCGUCUGAACUUCUCAUGAAACUCUCAGCGGAAAGCUACAAGGAAACGCGGACCGUGAAGAUUAAAGAGGAACCCAUGGAGGUUGAUGUCCAGGACGCCCCCGUCUCCAUAUCACCCAGCCGGAAUGCUGGCUACAGCACUUUAAUCGGGCGAGAGAAAACCGAACCCUUACAGAAGAUGCCAGAGGGCAGGGUACCCCCAGAGAGGAACCUCUUCAGUCAGGACAUCUCUGUAAAGAUGGCCUCCGAGCUUCUCUUUCAACUGUCGGAAAAAGUGAGCAAAGAGCACAAUCACACGAAAGAAAACACCAUCCGGACGACCACCAGCCCUUUCUUUUCAGAAGACACAUUUAGACAAUCACCAUUCACCUCCAAUUCAAAAGAUCUGCUGCCCAGUGAGUCUGUGCUUCACGGAAGAAUAUCCGCUCCAGAAACAGAAAAGAUAGUCCUGGAGGCGGGAAACGGAUUGCCAUCCUGGAAGUUCAACGACCAGCUUUUCCCCUGCGACGUGUGUGGGAAAGUGUUUGGCCGACAGCAGACCCUGUCCCGACACCUCUCGCUGCACACAGAGGAAAGAAAAUACAAAUGCCACUUGUGCCCCUAUGCUGCUAAGUGCCGUGCGAAUCUGAACCAGCACUUGACUGUCCAUUCUGUGAAGCUGGUGAGUACAGACACCGAGGACAUUGUCAGCGCCGUCACCUCUGAAGGCAGUGACGGGAAGAAACACCCUUAUUAUUACAGCUGCCACGUGUGUGGAUUUGAGACUGAGCUCAAUGUCCAGUUUGUCAGCCACAUGUCACUCCACGUGGACAAGGAGCAGUGGAUGUUUUCCAUCUGCUGCACCGCCUGCGACUUUGUCACCAUGGAGGAAGCGGAGAUCAAGGCUCACAUUGGCACCAAGCACACAGGGGAAGACAGGAAGACCCCCAGCGAAUCAAAUAGUCCCUCUUCAUCCUCCCUCUCAGCUCUGAGUGACUCAGCCAACAGCAAAGACGACUCAGAUGGCUCCCAGAAGAACAAGAGCGGGAACAAUCUGCUGGUCAUCUCUGUCGUGCCUGGGAGCCAACCCUCGCUGAACAGUGAGGAAAAGCCAGAGAAAGGGUUCGAAUGCGUUUUUUGCAACUUUGUCUGCAAGACGAAGAACAUGUUUGAGCGCCAUUUGCAGAUACACCUCAUCACCCGGAUGUUUGAGUGUGACGUGUGCCACAAGUUCAUGAAGACCCCCGAACAGCUGCUGGAGCAUAAGAAAUGCCACACUGUCCCCACCGGUGGGCUCAACUCAGGACAGUGGUGAGUUUCAGACUCCUCUAGGUGCCCAUUCUGCAUUUAUUCCACCAACCGCCCCGCUGCCAUGGAGUGCCACCUCAAGACCCACUACAAGAUGGAGUACAAGUGCCGGAUCUGCCAGACGGUGAAGGCCAACCAGCUGGAGCUGGAGACGCACACCCGGGAGCAUCGCCUGGGCAACCACUACAAGUGUGACCAGUGCGGCUACCUGUCCAAGACCGCCAACAAGCUCAUCGAGCACGUGCGCGUCCACACCGGGGAGCGGCCCUUCCACUGUGACCAGUGCAGCUACAGCUGCAAGCGCAAGGACAAUCUCAACCUGCACAAGAAGCUGAAGCACGCCCCUCGCCAGACCUUCAGCUGCGAAGAGUGCCUCUUCAAGACCACACACCCUUUCGUCUUCAGCCGCCACGUCAAGAAGCACCAGAGCGGGGACUGCCCCGAGGAGGACAAGAAGGGCCUGAGUCCAGCGCCCAAGGAACCGGCCAGCCCCGGGGCCCCGCUCCUGGUCGUGGGGAGCCCCCGGAACCUCCUGUCUCCCCUGUCGGUCAUGUCGGCCUCCCAGGCUCUGCAGACCGUGGCCCUGACGGCCGCCCACGGCAGCAGCUCAGAGCCCAACCUGGCACUCAAGGCUCUGGCCUUCAACGGCUCCCCUCUGCGCUUUGACAAGUACCGGAACUCGGACUUUGCCCAUCUCAUUCCCUUGACCAUGUUGUACCCCAAGAACCACUUGGAUCUCACAUUCCACCCUCCCCGACCUCAGACUGCGCCUCCCAGCAUCCCCUCCCCCAAACACUCCUUCCUCGCCUAUCUCGGACUAAGAGAAAGAGCAGAGACUGUCUGAGGGCAGCCGCGCUCUGUACCAAAAACAGACAGAGACAGGAAACAAAACAAACAAACAAAAACCCACAAAACUUAAACACAACCCCAGCAGGUGUAUGUUGCUGCAAAACCUACAGACCCCAGGGGUCUGAACCACGUGUACUGUAUAUCUUUAGUAAGGAAUAGAGAAUUGGCUGUGUGUGUAUACCUAUCGCAUUACCUACAAGCUGCUUUCCCCAACCUUCAGAGAGGUGACCCCUGCAUACUUCUACCUUCAGAGGCAUGCCUCCCCAGCCACCUGCCCCCACUCCAGCCCUUCCGUACUUCUCUCCGAACGGAAUUUUGUCUCGUUAAACCCUCAAGAGAGUGUCCUUAAUAGCAAUCAGCACUUGUAAGCUUCUAUACCGGUGCAUUUGGUUUUCUGUUGGGUGAAUGGGCUGUGUGGGCGUUUGUGGAUUCCAAAAAGCAAGCCGUGUGUCGCGUGCCAUGACUUCUCUGUUGCACAUUCUCUGUACUGGCUUCUUGAACGGGGAUGAACGUCCUUCUCCCUCCCGGGCUGUUCAUCCACUACAGUUUCUCCCUGAGUUCCUUCAUCACCUUUCCCUCUCUAUUUUCCAGCUACAGAGUGGUAGGGCCUGGUGCUCAGUGGAUGAAGGGAUGGCAGGCAUCUGCAGUGCUGCUGGACAUUUCCCACAGAGUGCUGGACACCUCGAGCUCAGAUCUUCUCUGGUUAUGAAGAUGCGAGACAUCAAGCGACUGGUCUGCAAGAAAUAUCUUGCAGCACUGCAGCUGGCAUCACAAAACUUAAGUGUCGUUGUGCUCGCCCGUGCGGAAGCAGUGUGCAUGGAGCGCGCACACAGCGCAUCCUUUUUUUAAGGGCAGAUUAAAUAUAUAUAUAUAUGAUGUAUUAAUUCAGUGGUUACCAUUUGUUUGCAGAAAAAAAAAAAUUGUAUGAGUGGAAAACUUUAUGGUUGAUAAAUCCAGCCAAGGAGAUUAAAAGGGGUUUGGAUAAAUUCUGGGUAUAAAUGCUCAGACUAAAAAAAAAAAAAAAAAAAAAAAAAAAAAAAAAAAUGAAGCGGCAGUUUUGCACAGUGCUUUUGGCCUUGCACUAGUUUUUGUUUCUCAUGGGGGAAAAAAAAAGAUAAAAGGAAGAAAAUGUACCUUUUUUACGGAAUGAGUAGACUGUAUGUUUGAAAAUUUAGCCACAACCUCUUUGACACAUAAUGACACAACAAAAAGGUGCUGUUGAGUCCUUGAGUUUAGUUAUGCCCCUGAGAAGUUUCCAUUGUGUCUGCAGAUCCUCUGGCUGUAGCCAUGUCCUCCGUGUGAUUAUAACUCUGUAUUCCAUUUUGUUAACGCCUGGUAGAUGUAACCUGCUAGGAGACUAACUUUAUACUUAUUUAAAGCUCUUAUUUUGUGGUCAUUAAAAUGGCAAUUUAUGUGCAGCACUUUAUUGCAGCAGGAAGCAGGUGUGGAUCGGUUUCACAGCCCUUGGCUCAUCUUAAAAAAUAAUGGAUGGCUUAAAAAGAAAAAAAAAAGAAUGGAAAAAAAUCUUUGGCUGAAUAUAUUCAUUGCUUGGGUUUUUAAGACAACAGAAUUUCCAGUAUAAAAUAGGCUAAAAGAGCAGGAAGAAACGUGCUUUGUAUAGUAAUGGGAAAUUUGGAAUAUAAAAGUUUAUGUAUUAUUUAUCUAUGGAAGAGCUGGUGUACAGGAGGAACGCUUUCUUACUGUGUUGCUGUUUUCCCAAUGUGUGUUAUCCUAAAGUUGGGAUUCUUCUUUUUUUCAUCUGUUUCACCAGGGCAAAAUAAAUGCAUCCCUGAUUUUCUUCCUCUAGUCAGUUCCUUCUCUAAAAAGCCCCUUGGAAGUUAGUGCAGUUCUCCAGGAAGCCAGAAGACUAUAUGUCUGUCCACACCACGGUCUCCCCCUCGCCCCUCUGCACCAACCCUCCUGCCCCCAGCCCUAUCAGGUGCACUACCCUUCCCUUCACCAGUCACCCAGCCCUGGAUGGGGAGCCUGCUCUGUGCCCUGGCAAACCUGUUUACACUACGGAGAUGUCCACGGGGGCAGGGAGGCCCGACCAGCUAGGGCAGGAAGCUCCCAAACCCUCAGUCAUUCUCCAGCAGAGACCUUUUGCCCUUGGCCUUGUUUGAAACGUUCAACUCGCCAUCUCAAUGUCUCAGUAAAAGACACUAUAGACAGUUAUGGACAAUAUACUCCAAGAAUACUGGGCUGGGGGGGGGGGGCUGUUUUUUUAAAGUCGUGUCUUUAUCCCCAUAUAAUGGAGAGUGUGCCACUUGGCUAAUAAUGUGUUUUCAAAACUACAAGUUCAGUGAUGACAGCAAAGAGGGCCACGGUGAUGUCACAGGGGCUGCCAGAAAAAGUGACUCACACUUAAGCACCGGCAGGUUCAAAACCUGAGAGGGUGGCCCUGACGAUUAGCACUCUGGGUUGUACAGCUUGCUGCUUGUGCAAUAAGAGGUUCUAGGGUGGAAACUUUCAAGAUGGAGAGGAGUGACGGAAGGGGACAUUUACUGCUCAAAUGCCAUGCAUUUCACUGCUUGCCACUGAACUUUUAUUUGAAUGACUUAGUAAUGCUUAAUAUAAUUGGGCGACUUUUUUAGCACUUUGGAAAGAGUCAUCAAUCUUUCUGGUAAAUUAUAUUAAAAAAAAAGUUUUCUGAGUGAGAAAAGGUGUGUUUGGAGUUUGUUUGACUUUUUAUAUUAUUAUUGUUAUUAAUAAAGAAAAAUCUACAGCA